GCCAAAUCGCUUAAUAGAAGACCUAUAAUAAUCUUUCCCUCCCUCCUUGUCUUUCCCUUUCUCUCCCUCUCUCAGUCUCUCUCUCUUUCUGUAAUCAGCAGCUAAUCAAUGGCCGCAUCUCAAGCCAGUCUCCUCCUCCAAAAGCAGCUCAAAGAUCUCUGUAAGAAACCAGUUGAUGGAUUCUCAGCGGGUUUGGUCGAUGAGAACAAUGUAUUUGAAUGGAGUGUUUCAAUUAUGGGACCCCCUGAUACCUUAUACGAAGGGGGAUUCUUCAGUGCCAUCAUGAGCUUUCCACAGAACUACCCCCUCAGUCCUCCAACAGUGAGGUUCACUACAGAGGUGUGGCAUCCAAAUGUUUACCCUGAUGGAAAGGUAUGCAUAUCAAUUCUUCAUCCACCUGGUGAUGACCCAAAUGGCUAUGAGCUUGCAACUGAGCGAUGGAGUCCAGUCCAUACCCCAUUUUGCAGUUCUGAAUUACUGAUUGUUUCGUGGAUGAGGAUGAGUGACAGAAGAGAUAUGCAUAUGUGCAUCUUGUUGAUGGGCAAUUGUAAGGACAGAAAACUUGAAAUCACUGCAGGACUGAAAUGCAUAUCACCUUAUGAGAGAGGGCUUGGGGUUGGGGUUCCUUAAUAUUGUAUACCCAUCAUGUGUAUCAGAAAAAAAAAGCAGCCAAUUUGUAAUGGAAAUGAAAAAUGGUAGUGACUUUGAUUUGGUACAAAUGAAAGAUUCUUUUCACUUGCAUUGAAGUCAGAAAAGAAUUUCAUCAAGCGGCACGGGUGAAGAGUCACAUUCUCGUCUUGCACCAGAUAUGUCGAUGGUGUAUAUCUUCCUCCACUAUGAUGUGAUUUCACCACUAUACUAGAAAGCUGACUACCAAAGAAGGUUCCAACUAGCAUAAUUUUACAAAGUACUUGUAUGCAAAAAACGGUAACUGCCAAAGGAAUACAUCACAUGUUGUCUGCAUGAGAAAUUCAAGAAGGGUAGAAAUUUUUCAUACAAUACGUUAGAUUAAUAUUGCAUAUUCCAUAUUAUUUUGUUGAUUUAUGACUUUGGCCUGAUCCUGACUCCUUUUUUUUUUUUGUUAAAUCAACAUAUAUGUUUUCUUUUAGAUCUUUUUGUAAUGCUUGUUUGGUCAAUUGACCUCAUUACCUAUUGCUUUUCACUGUCCUGUUACUAAAUCCAGUUAAUUUUACGUGAUUGUAAUUUGCAGGUUGAAAGCAUUGUUUUGAGCAUUAUAUCCAUGCUUUCUAGUCCCAACGAUGAGUCUCCUGCCAAUGUUGAUGCUGCG